AUGAGCUCAGUCGCUUCUGCGUCCACCUGGACCACUUUUAUUAAGUCCAUUGCCUCCUACAACGGGGACUUGUCGUCGUUGACAGCCCCUCCUUUUAUCGUAUCUCCGGUGUCACAGGUGGAAUAUUCGCAAUACUGGGCCGAACACACAGAUUUACUGCUAGCACCCAACUUUAUCACCGGUGAAGAUGAAGAUGAAGUUGCUCUUGAAAGAAUGGUGGCCGUUGUCAAGUGGUUCAUUUCUACGCUUCGUUCACAGUACUGUACCCGGAACGAGACAAUGGGCGGCGAGAAGAAGCCCCUGAAUCCAUUUUUGGGCGAGAUUUUUGUUGGAAAAUGGGUGGACGAGUCUGAGGACAAACGCCUGGGUGAAACCGUCUUGGUUUCCGAGCAGGUGAGCCACCAUCCUCCCGUUACCGGCUAUGCUGUCAUCAACGACCAGAACAAAACCCUGCUUCAGGGCUACAACAAGGUCACUGCCUACAUGUCGAGCACGGCGCUUAAUGUGAAGCAGUUUGGUCAUGCAAUUCUGGACUUCCAGAAGCUUGAGGAGCAAUACUUGAUCACGCUGCCCCAAUUGCACAUAGAAGGCAUCUUUGCCUUCAGUCCGUUCGUGGAGCUUGACGGCAAGUCGUACAUCCAAUCCUCGACCGGCUAUCUUGCUGUGAUCGAGUAUUCGGGCAGAGGAUACUUUUCUGGAAAGAAGAACUCAUUCAAGGCGCGGAUUUUCCGCGACAAGGCCAGUUCUGGCGACAAGGAGAAUGCCAUCUGCACGAUUUCAGGCCAAUGGUCGGGAGUUUCGGGUAUCUCCGGCGGUCCCAAGCGCCCUUCGGUCAAAGGAGGCGACGACAUAUUCUUUGAUGCCCAUUCCACAGAGCCCCAGCAUCUGGUGGUGAAGCCCAUUCAGGAGCAGCACCAUCUCGAAUCGAGAAGGGCCUGGCAGAGCGUUGCUGCGGCCGUCAAGGAGGGCAACUACGAUUUGAUUGUUCAGGAGAAGUCUAAGCUUGAGAACGAACAGAGGGCUUUGAGACGUGCAGAGGCCGACUCCGGUACGGAAUGGGAUGUUCGUUGGUUCGACAUUGUUGAUCUGGAAGACACAGCUGACCUCGUUGCAUCUGGAAAGCCACAGGACCCUCUGGUGUCUUUGGCGCAAGUGGCUAGUCUUUCCACCAAGAACGUGACUUCUGGAACAGCGAAGGGUGACAAAGACGAUCUGAAAACUGAAGUUGGAAGCAAGCAUUGGAGGUUCAACACCGAGAAGUUUGCUGCUGAGACUGAGGUGAAGGUUUAG